CUUCACUUCGUUGCUUAGCUGCGGAAUGUUAGAAGAAAGAAGCUGAAAUUUUCUCUUUGGGAAUGGAAAGAGGCCAAACAAGUUAUGGAUAACCAAGGUGUAGCACAGCUCUACAGACGGAUCAUUUCACCCUCUAUGAAGGUACACAAUGAAGAGUGGCAAAAACAGACUCACUAUCGACAUACAAACUACAAAAACCAAACACCAGUCAGCAGGCUUAAGAUGGCAAGUCCUGUGCACAGUGUGGCAUCCGCUCCUGGACUCCUAGAAGCCACUGAUCUUGCUCUUCAGCCUCAGAGUGACAAUAAUUCCAUUGCAACUGAAAAAUCUUCCACGCGGAGUGAACAUGCAGGAUAUAAUUUUCAACCAACUGUGAAGUUUAAGACAACCUCUCUUCCUGGUAUGCCAUUGAGUCAAAAAUACUCGCCAUCUCUCAAUGGAACCACAAAAUCAGUUCCUAUUUCCUACAGCAAUCAUAUGGGUUCUGUCCCAUCAAGAUAUUGGGCCAAUGAAAAUCCAAGAAUAUUAUACAGCAGACAAAGAGACAGAUUAAAGGCAGAAGAACAAGCUAGAGAGCACUGCCGCAGGUUGAAACGCACAUCUGAGAUUCGCCAUCAUAGAGUCGAUAAGCAGUAUUAUAUGGCUGGAACCAAAAUCCCGUUGCAAGGAAGGUAUGAUGUAGACAACACUGAUCUGUUGAGGUUGAGACUUCUAGCACAGCAGAAACAACUUGUGGACUACAGUGCCGCCAAAGAUGCAAAUUUUCCAAACAAUAAUCCACGAGACAGUCCUAGUGGCCAGUUGAGUACUCCUGUGCCAGGUAGUGGAAUCAGGGAUCCCAGCUCUGGGGCCUUAUCGUCUGCCACUGAUGUUGAGAACCCAAAACAUGACGGAAAAUGGGCUGAAGAGGAAUCAGAUGAGAGUUCUGUGGAUGAAUUUGACAGUGUAUCAAACAAAGGAGGCAGACGAGAAGAAUUUGAGGCGCGCAAAGCUCUCGUUAUCGAAGGUAGAAAAGCGGAGCAGGAACUGGAUUCAGUCGGAGAAAGACUGACAAAGAGUAGCGACGGAGUAAAGAGUAGAAAGACGCCUUCUGCAAAGACAAAGGCAAGUUCUUCUGCAAAGACCGCCAGAAAAGGAAAAAUACGAUUUAAGGAGGAUGAAAAGAUGGCUGCAAAUCAAAAAGCGAAUAAGGAUCGUGAAGGAAAGAAAAUUGUAAAGAAAGGAAAGGAAGUGGAUAAUGGAGAGGAGAAGAAAGAAGACGCAACUAGCGAUGGUACUGAAGCUAAAGAAGAAAAGAGGAAUAAAUAUUUAGAAGAAUGGCUUGGGAUUAAGAGGGAAGUGGAGGAUACUCGAUACCAGCCUGGAAAACCUCCACCAAACAGGAUUUUUAUGUCAUCCAAGACUGAGGGAACUAAAAAGACUAGUGGAAAAUUCUCUUCGACAUUUUUGACUGAGAUCACAGAGUCAAAGGCAGCCGAAGACGAUGUAUUCCUUACACCCGAGGUCCGUUAUGGAAUAAUCAACGAUAAACAGAAGCAUGUUUUUGGAAUACUGUUUGAUGAAGUCGACAAAGAUAAAAAUGGUAGCGUCACACUCCAAGAACUAAAGCUACGAAUGCAACCAGCUGUCACAAAACAUGAUAUCAAACACUUUGUACAGGUGUUUGACUUAAACAAAGACGAGACUAUAGAUAAAAGGGAAUUUACGGCCAUCUGUGCCUUGAACGAUCGCAUAACUGGAGUCAGAACUGAAUCGGAAGAUGCAUCUUUGGCCUUGGACCUGGGAAACUUGGCUCAACAUAUCGUCAUAUUCAAGGAAAUGUUCAAAACCAUUGAUGAAGACGAUGAUAACAGGGUGGAUGCUGGUGAACUUCUAGUCAUGGUCUCUGCGGCCAUGGAAACAGAAAUAGGGGCGGACCUUCAAACAGCCAAGGAGGUGCUCGAAGGAGCACGUGACGAGUUUGGAUUUAUCGACUUUAUCGGUUUUAUGUCGUACAUACCUUUCUUUGCUAAGCUUCUCCGAACCAUACUCGAAAACCCUCUGUCCAUUGCUGAACUAGAGCGAGCACGAGAACGAGUCAAGCUACACGACCUCACUUUCAAACCCAAAAAAAAAGCAAAGGAACCAAAGAGUUGGGAAGUGUACUAGAAAGUCUAAGUGUCCCCUUCAUUCAUAUCCAAAGCCUGCGAGCCUGCCCUCAUUAUUAGAACUUCGGCACGACCGUUCUUUGUCCGCUAGAAAGUUUGAGACCUCGAGUAACGUGAGUCGGCGAAGGUCUUCAAGAGGUUUAGCGCUCACUGUUAGUACUCAAUCCCCCAGCAAACUUCUUCCCGACUCGUCUCCAACCUUCCCGCGGGCGCAGGUGCGGGCGCGUCCUGCAGCACUGAAAUUGAUGGCCUGCUUGUAGGCUACGAUAUCCAUGACAGGAAUGACAGAUUGUCGAAGUUAAAUUUUAGAUCGCAUGGGUAGACCUCUUUCACAUUGGCGUGUACCAUCGCUAUUCUUUUAUGUUCAUGUAGUUAUGCUUUCUUGGAAAAAAAAAAUAGCUAUCGGGUCUGCCACUGAUGAAGGAUAUCUAUAUAUAAAGAGCUUUUUCUUUUUUCUUUUUUUUUUUUUUCUUUUUGCUGAUUGUAUGGAGAGUGUUCAUGUAAGUUGCAGUUCAUGUCACGGAAACUGAACGUUAAGAAGGUGAAUCGAGUUUGGGCUUCUAAUCACUGUUGUGCCCAGGCGAGACAAAUUUCCAUUUCCUCUAUCGAAAUUUGCAAUAGUACUCAACCCAAAGGUGUUCUAUUGAAUAAAGUUGUUAUUUUUCUACAGUAGGUUUUAACAACAAAAUAAGACAACAUGGCGUCAAAUUUGAUAUAUAUAUUUUAAUAGACGUUUUGAUGUGUAGUAUCGCUGAGUAUUUUUACGAGUCGUGCCGUAUUUUGACG